AAACCCAUCAGCAUCGUCAAGAGCCAGUUGCACCCCAACUGCUCCGCUUUGGGCCCCAACCCCCGAAAUGACUCCAACAGCAGCACGUGGUGCAGCUGGGCACCUUUCGAUGGAGACAACUACAAGGAACUUUUUGGAGCCUUGGAUAAUGCCUUCCUGGUGGCCUACGCCAUCGGGAUGUUCAUCAGUGGGAUUUUUGGGGAGCGACUCCCCCUGCGCUACUACCUGUCGGGGGGGAUGGUGCUGAGCGGGGUCUUCACCACGCUCUUCGGCCUCGGCUACUUCUGGGACAUCCACGUCCUCUGGUACUUCAUCGUCAUGCAGGUCUGCAACGGGCUGGUGCAGACGACCGGCUGGCCGUCCGUCGUCACCUGCGUGGGGAACUGGUUUGGGAAGGGCAAGAGGGGUUUGAUCAUGGGCGUCUGGAACUCCCACACCUCCGUCGGGAACAUUCUGGGGUCGCUCAUCGCCGGCGUUUGGGUGUCCUCGGCGUGGGGCUUGUCCUUCAUCGUGCCCGGCAUCGUCAUCGCCGCCAUGGGCGUCAUCUGCUUCUUCUUCCUCGUGGAGUAUCCCGAGGACGUCGGCUGCAGUCCACCUCUCCAUCACACGUCCGCCGACGAAGAUCCUGGAGGGGUGACCACCAGCGAGAAGGAUCCUGAAGGCAUCACCUCCAACGAGGGGCCUCUGAGCAGCUCAGAUCACUCCAAGGAACCGGCCGAGGAGCCCGAAGCCAUCAGCUUCAUCGGGGCGCUCCGGAUACCCGGCGUGGUGGAGUUCUCCCUGUGCCUGCUCUUCGCCAAGCUGGUGAGCUACACCUUCCUCUACUGGCUGCCCCUCUACAUCGUGAACGUUGCUCAUUUCGGCGCCAAGGAAGCCGGGGACCUCUCCACCCUCUUUGACGUCGGGGGCAUUUUAGGGGGGAUCGUCGCCGGGCGCAUCUCCGACUACGCGGGCGGCAGGGCCACCACGUGCUGCGUGAUGCUGGUCGUGGCCGCUCCCAUGCUGUUCCUCUACAACCACAUCGGCCAGAACGGCAUCGGCACGUCCAUAGCGAUGCUGAUCCUCUGUGGUGCUCUGGUCAACGGCCCCUACGCGCUCAUCACCACCGCGGUUUCGGCAGAUUUGGGAACCCACGAGUCCCUCAAAGGAAACUCCAAAGCCCUUUCUACGGUCACAGCCAUCAUUGAUGGCACGGGAUCUGUAGGUGCUGCUCUUGGGCCGUUGCUCGCAGGGCUCAUCUCCCCCACGGGCUGGAAUAAUGUCUUCUACAUGUUGAUAGCAGCUGACGUCUUGGCUUGUCUGGUAGGUCCCUCCCAGGAUGGACUUGUUGUGCCCCAGCCCCGGCUGGAGGGCAG